AUGGCGACAAUGACCGCAAUGACGUCCACAUCCGCUAUUGAUAGUCCGCAAGAGGGCCGCCCUAUCGCUAACAUGGAGCCUCAACCUCAACGAGGAGGCAGAGACCAUUCCAAUGGCCGCAACAGAAAGAGUGGUCGCGAUAUGAAAUAUCGCCAUGUCUUUGCAACACAUUCAUCAUCACGUCCAUCGCCUCUAACACAAGAUGGGGGAGAGUCUCCGACCAAUUUCGUCGGCUUCAGAAACCUCAUGAUCCUGGUCCUCAUCGUGUCCAACCUGCGACUCAUGAUAGUGAACUUCAAAAAGUAUGGCGUCCUAAUAUGCCUUAGCUGUCAUGACUACCGAAGGUCCGACGUCAUUACCGGUCUCGCGCUCUACCUGCUCGUCCCUGCCCACCUCUUCGUUACAUACUUGAUCGAAUAUGUCGCUGCCCAGCAAGCAAAGAAGGCGUACGGUCGCAUAUCCAAGAACAAGGACAGCGACAUCCCAGCAGACUAUGCGGCCGCGCUCAAGAGCUUCAAUACCUCGUGGCACGUUGUGGCAUUCUUUCACAGCGUCAAUGCCGUCGCAAACCUCUUCAUCGCUACAAAGAUGGUAUACUACAACAUCCACCACCCAGGCAUCGGGACGCUCUGCGAGUUCCAUGCGGUCAUCGUCUUCCUCAAGUGCAUGUCCUACGCGCUCACAAACCGCGACCUUCGACAUGCGUAUUUGCACCCCAAGCAAGCCGAACCGCUGCCAGAACUCUAUAAGACGUGCCCGUACCCGCAGAACAUCAACAUGAAGAAUCUCUGCUACUUCUGGUGGGCACCGACUCUGGUCUACCAGCCCGUCUACCCGCGCACCGACCGCAUCCGCUGGACUUUCGUUGUCAAACGACUACUCGAAGUCGUAGGCCUGAGCAUCGUAAUCUGGAUCGCAUCCGCCCAAUAUGCCGCGCCCCUGCUCCAAAACAGCAUCAACAAGAUCCUCGAGCUAAACCUCACCUCUAUAGCCGAGCGCAUUAUGAAACUCAGCACAAUCUCCGUCUUUUGCUGGCUCUGUGGAUUUUUCGCACUCUUCCAAUCUUCUCUCAAUGCGCUCGCUGAAGUAAUGACCUUUGGCGACCGAGAUUUUUACGGCGACUGGUGGAACGUCAGCAAUGUGCGCAACUACUGGACCACAUGGAACAAGCCAGUCACAAACUUCAUGCGUCGCCACAUCUACUCGCCUCUUGUAGGCCGUGGCUGGAACCCCGCCGUCGCACAGAUUCUGGUCUUCCUUUUCUCAGGCAUCCUACACGAACUCCUCGUUGGUGUACCAACGCAUAACAUCAUCGGCGUAGCCUUCCUCGGCAUGAUGGCGCAGAUUCCGCUCAUUGCUAUAACGGACCAGAUACAGCGAUGGCGGUGGGCGAGGGGGCAGGUCGUGGGCAACAUGAUCUUUUGGAUGAGCUUUUGUCUCGUGGGGCAACCGCUUGCGGCGCUUUGCUACUUCUUCGCGUGGCAGGCCAAGUAUGGGUCUGUUAGUAGGCAAUUUGAGCAGAGUGAGUUGAAGCAGUUGUUUCUUAGAUAG